CUUGAUCGCUCAGAUAGUCCUCAACGUCAGAGCUGGAAGGAUUCAUCUGGUGUCUGCAGGCUUCACUCAGAAAACUCAACCAAGGCCUGAGGAGGGAGCCGCCCUCUUCAUCUCCAGCACACUCAUCAUCAUCAUCAUCAUCAUCACAGCACGACCAUGAGCGUCAGCGAGCACAACAUCUCACUGGACCACCUGAAUGGCACGCCGUGGUUCAUCUACGAGUGCAGCAUCGAGCUGGACGCCAACAAUCGGCGCAUCGCCCUCUUCCUGCUCUACCUUUUCGUCUUCAUGGUGGGCCUGCUGGAGAACCUGCUGGUCGUCUGGGUCAACUGGCGUCGGCGCCACUCGGCCAGCGGGGUUCUCUUCUGCAUCAUCAACGUGAGCCUGUCGGACCUGAUGGUGAUCGUGAUCCUGCCUUUCUUCAUGAUGGAGGUGACCAUGGACAAGGUUUGGCUGUGGGGUCGCUUCCUCUGCAAGGUCACCAACCUCAUCUACGUGGUCAACUUCUACAGCAGCUCCUUGUUCCUGGCCUUCAUGACCCUGGAGCGCUACCUGUCACUCACCAGACCCGCGUUUCCCGCCUUCUUCCCUGUGGUGGGCCGGCGCCGCUGGGUGCUCUGUGGAGGCCUGUGGACGUUCUCCUUGUUCCUGGCUCUGAUGGAGAACGUCCACGUGGAUCUUCUGGAGUGGGACGAGCCCGGCUGUUACAUGAUGCCCGAGCACCACUUCAUCGAGUGGUUCGUCACCGUGGAGUUCCUGUGCCUGCUCUUCCAGUUCCUGGGCCCCGCCAUCGUCAUCAUCACCUGCAACGUGCUGAUCGCUCGCGCGGUCCAAACGGCGCCGGAUGUGCAGGACCGCCGGGAGGUGUGGCUGGUGCACGUGUACUCGCUGGUGUUCGUCAUGUGCUGGCUGCCCUACCACAUAGUCAUGUUCCUGAUGAUCAUCGACGACAUCAACCCCUACAUCUUCAGCUGCAACACGGUGGAAGUGCUUUACUUCUCGUUCAGCCUGGUGCAGAGCCUGUCGCUGUUCCACUGCGUCGCCAACCCCAUCCUCUACAACUUCCUCAGCAAGAGCUUCCGCAACAACCUGAUCAACACGGUGGUGACAUACUUACCCCGAGAGGGGACUGAGGGCCAGCUGGGUGCAGGGACUCAGCCCAACGCUGUCAACGGAGACGGAGGAAACCCGGGGAAGCAGCGCAAGCUGAGUAACGCCAGCACGAGCCAGUCUGACGUCGGCUCGUAAGAAAGCUUAAAGCGAAGAAAGAUUUGACAGAACUGAGUCGAGUGUCGGUGCGUUCAGAAGAGCGGAGGUGUAGUUUUUUUUACAUGUCAUCUCACUCUGGUGGUCAACGACUCAAUGUGUCGCGUAAACAGAUGGUCUGGGCUAAAACACCUAAUAAUCCACUUCCUGUUUGUUUUUAUCAUCUAUCUGAUCGCACACUGUUUUAAACAGAGGAAAGCAGGAAAUGUUUGAUGUUUUUUUUUUUUUUCCCCCCUCAAAGCUGCUCAGCUCCCACAGGAACUCAUGGCAACCUCUUAAAUCUGGCAGCGCAGAGGGGGGAAGGAAUAGUGCCACACCAGGAAUGUAUGUAAACAAGUCUGCUGUCUCCUCCAGCGCCAGAUAAGAGCAAUCUGCAAUACAUACGUAAAAAAACAUCUUGCAAAAAUAAUUUGAAAAUGUACCUGAACAGACGAGUGUUUUGAUUCAUCACAAAUCUAACAGAUAAAUAAAAGUGCACGUUACUUAACGCUUAUUUAUCUGUUUGUCUGGAUGCUGCUGUUGUCUACGACUGCUGUCGCUUGUAAGAAAAUGCAUUAAAUCUCCGUCCAUUUCAGCUGGAGAGUUGAUUUUUUUCUUUUUUUUGUUUACUCUGUUAUCAUAACACCAGAUUAGAGCAAUAAAGAAAGUUCAGGAACA